AACAAGUCAGACCACAGCGAGGAAAACAAACAGCGUUAGUUGUUCCUUAGAUUUCGAAAACAUACUUUUAGAAGCGUUCAACUGAACUGUUGAUUAAUUAAAAUAACGUGGAUUAAAUGCCGAAAAAGAAGUCAAAGCGAAAAAAAGUGAAAUAUAAAAUAGAAAAACGAGAAAUAACAUCUGAAGAUGUGUCCAUCAAGGAUUUUGCUGAUGUCCAAGAUGCGAAAGAGCAGCUGAAAAAAUUAUCGCGAGGACACACUCGGAAACCUGUGAUAUGCUCUCCAAGCAUGAAGCAAGAUGACUUGUUAUGGUUUGAACGAGAAGAUUUUGAAUCGGAGACAGAAUCCGCAGACGAUGCAAAAAUCAAGGAAACCGGCGAUGAAGUACAGCACCACACGAAACCAACAUUCACCAAACAAAAGAAGAAAGAAAAGGGCAAACAAUCAGACAGCAAUAAUGAAUUUAGUGGUGAACUAACCUAUCCAUUAGAUUUGUGGGAUAUGAUUGCUAAGUACAUACAGCCUGAAGAUGUGAGGACAUUUUCUCUUAUUUGUAGAGGGACCCAGAUGGUUAUUAACUCCUCCAAUUUCUGGCUUUCAUUCUAUAACCGCCUUAUACCAGACCCAGAGAAGCUGCCAUUAGAGUUAAGACCUGAUCGGAUCAAGUGUAGACCAGGAUUGAGACCUCGAGUGAUCAGAGCAUUGUUCCAUUGCUAUGACCCUUUGAGUGUGAGAAUCCAGCCAAACGCAGACACCGGGCAUAACCCUCCUGACUCAUUGCUACACUUCACAUGCUUAUCAACAUGGUGUAAGGGAGUCAUUUCUAAAGGCGGAAAGAAAGUGUGGAUUUUCUAUUUCAAACUAAAUAAAAGAACAGGGCAGAAAAAGCCCAGAACGUAUACUCCAGAAUGGUUUGCCACUGUGGAUGAUGUAAAUGAUAACCCAGAAGAGAACAAUUCAGUGUUUUCCGUAGUAUGUAUGAAUUAUAUACCUUUUCCUCCUGUUAUAGGUUUGGUAUUGACUGAAGUUUUGACUGGAUUGAGUGCAGGAAUGAAGCACCAAAGAGUGAAAAUGAGAUUUCAUGCACACAGGGAUGAUGGCCGUUACCAGUGGGAGUCAGGCAUACAGGUUAUUCUAGACCCUGCUCGGGAAGUGAAAGUAUUGAAAUGGUGGCAUCCUUUGUACCCAUAUUCAAUGGCAUAAGAUAUAAAAAUGUAUUAAUAAAUAUUUCUUUUAUGUCAUUGUUAUAGGGAUGUCUUUCUCCCCUGGUGAUUUAAAAAAGUAAUUUGUAUUGAAUUAAAAAAAAAAUGUACCCUCUUUCUCCUUGUGGUCAGGCGUCUAUGUUACAAAUAGAAAUUUAGAAUGAAUAUAUGAUACCACCACU